UCUCAGUAUCACACAACUCAAUCCUUCACAUCUGUUUCUCCUCUCCUGUUCCCUUCAUCUCAUCUUGGUUACUAAAUACUACCGAACCAUCAAUGACGAAAGCAGUACUGAUCUGCAGCACCAGACUAUCCUUAUUGUUAUCUCUGUUAGCCAUUUUCAUGACAUUAUCACAUGCCAAACUAGGUACCCUCAGAGAAACCUCAUUUACAGUUUUUUUCCAGAAUCGACCGUCAGGUCCCAAGGCCACUUCAGUAGCCAUCGCUGGAAUCCCCGGACAAGACUGGACAUACGGGAAAUAUGGAACUGCCUUUGCUACUGAUGCAGCAAUGACAGAAGGAUUCGAUAGGAAGACAGCUGAAAUUGGCAGGGGUCAAGGUAUGUUUCUGACAUCGGCUCAAGAUGGAACUAGUCUAACACUAUUGCUAUCGAUUGUUUUCACCGGGAAGGAGUACAAGGGAAGUACGUUGCAGAUACAAGGAGCUGAUCAUCAGUAUGAGAACCCCAGAGAGGUGGCCGUGGUCGGUGGGACCGGACAAUUUCGGUCUGCUAGGGGAUACGCCACCUUCGAGUCGUUUCGUGUUAGCAAGUCCCAUGUUGUCUCUCGCUGUAAUGUUACUAUUCAACAUUACUAGGAGUAAAAUGUCAUGUACCCCUUGAUAUUCAAGACGGGCGGCCGAUUAUAAAUAUGAUAUACUCCCUCUAUCCUAUUUUAAGUGUCCACUUUGCAAUUUUCACACAUAUUAAGAAACAAUUAAUAUAAAGUUUUUAUCAUCA